GUGCGUAUUUCACACAAGACUACUUUAUCAUGGUCAGAUACGCUGCUACCCCCGUCAACCCCGCCAAGGCUGCCAAGUCCAGAGGCUCCUACCUCCGUGUUCACUUCAAGAACACCCAUGAGGUCGCCGUUGCUGUCCAGGGCUUGAAGCUCUCCAAGGCUUACAGCUACUUGAACAACGUCAACGAGCACAGACAGGCCAUUCCUUUCCGCCGUUUCAACGGUGGUGUUGGUCGCACUGCUCAGGCCAAGGAGUUCGGUACCACCCAGGCCCGCUGGCCCGUUAAGUCUAUCAAGUUCGUCACUGACCUCUUGAAGAAUGCCGAGUCCAACGCCGAGUCCAAGGGUUUGAACGUUGAGGAGCUUUACAUCUCCAGUGUCAUUGUCAACCAGGCCCCCAAGCACCGUCGCAGAACUUUCCGUGCUCACGGUAGAAUCAACCCCUACAUGACCUCCCCAUCCCACAUUGAGGUCAUCCUCACCGAGAAGGAUGAGGUUGUCCCCAAGGCUAACGACAAGAAGGUUGUCCGCCUCAACGCCCGCCAGUUGGCCCGCAACGCUCGCACCUCUGCUUAAAUGCGUGUGGUCUGGCUUGAUUUGACGACAAAUAAAUAAAUAAACACAAACCAUGCUUGCUUGUGAAUCUGUAAUUUUGGAAUUC